AUCGAUCUAAGCGGCCGUUAUAUUUUAUCAGUUGGGUUAUGUCAUUGAGUCAUAGGUCCUGUGUUAUUGUUGAGACAGGAGACAAAAUAGAAUAGAAGAAAAGAUUAGCAAUGUUUUCAAGCAAAUCUUCAGGUUUUGAUAAAGCUUUGGAAAAAGCAACAAGUCAACUUCUUCUGGAGCCAGACUGGGAUUCCAUUCUUCAAAUAUGUGAUUGUAUCAGACAGGGAGAUGUACAUGGAAAAUACGCAAUUGGAUCAUUAAAGAAAAAGAUAACUGCUGACAAUCCACAUGUUUCAAUGUUUGCUUUACAGACUUUGGAAUCCUGUGUGAAGAAUUGUGGAUCAAUUAUUCAUGAAGAAGUUGCUACCAAGGAGUUUAUGGAAUUCCUUAAAGACAUUGCAAAGACCAAGCCAGAUCCAGUCAAAGGCAAAAUAUGUGAAUUGAUCCAGUGUUGGUCCCAUGCAUUCAGAAAUGAACCAAAUUACAAAGUUGUGCAGGAUACUUUUAAUUUGAUGAAAAUGGAAGGCUACACCUUCCCAACACUGAAAGAAGCUGAUGCAAUGUUUAUGGCUGAGAAAGCUCCGGAGUGGAAGGAGGGAGAUGCCUGUGCUAGGUGUCGCACUCGAUUUGGGACAUUUAACAGACAGCAUCACUGUCGUAGUUGUGGGGAUGUGUUUUGUGGCAAGUGUUCAUCUAAAUCCUCCAUCAUCCCCAAGUUUGGAAUUGAGAGAGAAGUGAGGGUGUGCGAUUCCUGCUUUGACAAGAUUCAACAACCUAUCAAGAAAAAAGAUUCAGAUUCUGAAUUGCCAGCUGAAUAUUUAGCAAGCCCAUUGUCAAAGCAACAGCAGAUCCCACCUCAGAAGUCUGAGCAAGAGAUUCAAGAGGAAGAAGAGCUACAGUUAGCAUUGGCACUGUCUCAGAGUGAAAAUGAGGCUAAGGAGAAAGAGAGAGAGAGAUUGAAGAAGAACUAUGGGAUGUAUGGAGGAAACACUAAUACAACAGCAUCUGCUCCGGCCACUCAACCUACGGUUUCCGCUCCGGUGAUUGACACAACAGACAUGGAUCCGGAGUUAGCUCGCUACCUUGACAGGAAUUUCUGGCAGAGAAAGUCAAAUGACAAUAAACAAACUGUAACAACAAGUACCACCACCACCCCAUCUGCUCCUGUUGCCAAUACAGAACCCAAACAAGCUGGAGGAGGGAUUGUUAUGGAGGCUUAUCAGAAUGGAGCCGAUGAGGGAGACCAAGAGCAGUUUUUGCGAGCUUUACAGAGUAGCUUGGAGAUCUUUGUCAACAGAAUGAAAAGUAAUUCCCAGCGAGGUCGCAGUAUUGCCAAUGACUCCUCUGUACAGUCACUGUUCAAUGUUAUCUCCAACAUGCACCCCCAGCUGAUGAAGUACACACAGGAACAAGAAGAUAUGAGGGGCCACUACGAGUCCCUUCAGGACAAACUUGCACAGCUUCGUGAUGCCAGGGAGGCCCUGGAUGCUCUGCGUGAAGAUUAUCGGGAAAAGAAGCGCCGAGAACAGGAGGAGUUGGAAAGACAGAGGCAGAUCCAAAUGGCUCAGAAGCUGGAAAUCAUGAGGCAGAAGAAACACGAAUACUUAGAAAUGCAGAGACAGCUGGCAUUGCAGCGGUUACAGGAUCAGGAAAGGGAAAUGCAGAUGAGACUUGAACAACAGAAACAUUUGACGCAGAUAAGGCAAAUGCAGGCAUAUGGAUAUCCUCCAAAUGCUUAUGGGCAAAUGCCACCUAUGCAGGGCAUGCAAGGACAAACUUUUAGCCCGAUCAAUUCUGUGGAUGGUUCUCCAGUUCAUCAAAUGCAUCAGAAUAUGUAUCCCCCCCCAAUGGGAGUAGGUCCUGGUAAUAUGAACGUGGGAUCAGGCCAGGGAAUGCCUCAGAUGCAGGGAGGGAUGAAUAUGGGAAUGGGGCCUUCAGGGGGAGGUAUGGGCCCCUCAGGGGGAAGCAUGGGGCCCUCAGGGGGAAGCAUGGGGCCAUCAGGGGGAAGUAUGGGGCCAUCAGGGGGAGGCCUGGAUCAACAGACCAUGAUGAAUCAAGGCCCCAUGGGAACAGGACUACCACAGAUGUAUGCUGCUCCCAGUUCACAGGCUGGAGGACCAUACCCCCCAGGCUCCACACAGCCUGUCAAUCUGCCUGGUACAUAUCAAACAGAGGCAGGCCAAAACAACUACCAACCUCAGAUGCAAUAUAGCAUGUCACCUCCCAUGAAUCAGGGGUACAUGCCACCUCCCAAUAUAGAUUACAAGGCAUUCAACAUGCAAAGUAUGGCUAAUGCACUUCCCCCACAGAAUCAGCAAGGCAUGUACUCAGCUCCAUCUGGUCAGCAACAAUACAUGACAGGGCCUCCACAUCAGAGUCAGCAAUACCAACAGGGAGGCCCUCCUCCCCAACAAGCCCCCCAGCAACCUCCCCCAGCCCCUACCCAGCUGGAGGGGGAACUAAUUUCAUUUGAUUAAUGAACAAACUAAAUAGCUCUCCAGUGUAUAUAAGGAAAAAUUAUAUAUUAAAACAAUAACCACAAUGAUUUAAGAGGCAUUUAUGGAUAUUUUAAAAUUGUAUGUUGUAGCAAUAGAAAUCUCUCAUGCUAAAAGUUAAUUGUUGUACACAAAAUGACAAUUUGAAAGUUGAAAGCAAUUUUAUUUCCUGUUUAUUUAAGACAGUUAUAAAAACAGAAGGUGGAUAGACAAAGUUUAAUUGAACUGGGAAUAUUUUUAUUCAGAUUCUCUACAUGUACAUGAAAUUUUGCAGAAGUAGCAAUAUGAUACAUUUGAUUCUAAUAAAUCUCAUAAGAAAUCAGA